UGUGGCGGUCCGGUGGAUUUUCAUUUGUGUCAGCAAAGUGUGGACAAAAACACACGGAGAGAGGAUUAAAAUAGGCAGAGCUGAUAGAAGCGCGGUGAAAGAGGAAGAGUGCUAUUCGCUCGUUGAAGUUUCCAGCGGCCAAGGGACAGAGUAGGGGAGGCAGCAUGAGACACUCGGAGCUAACAUACUCGCUCCUCGCCGUGGUGUUCUCUCUGGGCCUAGUGCUUGGUCAGGUCAGCACUCCAUCAGUUGGCCCUAUGGCUGCACUUGCUUCUGCACGGGUAACUGACUCACUUAAUGGCUUCACCGUCACCACCAGCCUGACACAGAGAAUUGUCAUCACAUCAACUGACGUACCAGGGGCUGUCACAUCAGGAAUUUCAAAUUGUACAGCUUUGAACACUUCUAAUUGUGCUGUGUGUUCUGCGGGGUAUUUCUCAAAUAAUGGGUCCUUGAACUGCUCCUGUUGUUCUGACGGCUUCUGCCUUGCUCCAGAAGACUGUCUGAGCUGUCCACAGGGUUACUACCAGUCUCGGACUGGACAGAUGACAUGUUUGCCUUGUUCAAAAGGUACUUAUACAAAUUCCACAGGGAGUACAGAAUGUCAAUCCUGUGAAUCUGGGUUUUAUGCCAAUGAAACGGGUUCAAAAUUGUGCAGACCCUGCCUUCCAGGUUACUUUUCAGAGAUGAAUGCUACUGGCUGUGAGUCCUGUUCUCAAGGAUUAUUUUGCAACUCAACUCAAUGCAACAAGUGUACGAAGUGCCCUGGUGGAGAGGAAGCCCUGACGACUGCAGCAACCGAGUGCACACCAUGUCGACCAGGAAUGUACAAGCAGCCAGAAGAUUUACUUUGCAAGAUGUGUAAGACUGGGUACUACCAGACAAUGGUUGGACAGGAGAGUUGUGACCUGUGUCCUGAGCAGCAUUAUUGCCCCAGUCCAGAUGUUGCUCCAAUCCAGUGUCCAGAUGAUGCAUUUUGCCCACCUGGAAGUACUGCGCCUCAGUACUGCAUGGAAACAUUUUUCCGGAAAUCGGGAGAUCACUGUGUGCUGACACCGUUGACCAUCUUCCUGCUUGUGUUCCUUUCGUUAAUUAUUUUGCUGAUUACUGUAAUAAUAAUUUUUCGUCGCAAGAAGAAAGUCCGACAGGUAGAUCCUGUGCGCUCCCCAUUACUGAGGAAAGAGCCAUUCUCUGGUCAGGAGCCUCAUCCACCUUACGGAAUCACGUGGGAUAGAGAACCAGUAUAUGCAGGAUGGUAACAACGGCUUUGUGGGUCUUCUGGUACCAGGAAUAGGCUCAUAACUAGUACAUGAGGUAGAAUUUUCUCCUCUUUUUCAACAAGAGAAAUUAAUGCUCCUCCAGAGAUGCUGCAUCUCUGCUGGCCUUCAGUCUUGUGGAACCGCACAUUCCUCUGACUCAUUGCAAGGCUUUGAUGCAUUCUGGAUCACGAGCAACUUUUUGUUGUUCAUUGCCUAUUGACACCUGCCGCAUUUUAUUGUUUCUGUCAUGGUCUAUAAGGUUUACUGGUGAAGAAGUACUGCCAGUGCAGUCUGACAACUAGACUGUUUUGUAUCCUUCCCCAGUGCCAUCCAGAAACUAAGAUGAAGCACCAUUGUAUUAAAUGGAGUUGAACCCCUGGUACCAAUUGUGUGGAAAACUGGCUUUCUGGUUGAAAAUUGUGUCAGCAGGUUGUUUCCAAGUAUUCAUCAUCAUGUUUGCUGAAGAAAUUACAUCCUGAACUGCGUAAAAUUCACUUGUUUUUGAACUUAACAUUUUGAGACAAAAUUCAAGAUGAAUAGUAUUAACAACUUGUAAUUUGCACUAAUUUUUUCAAAAAUGCAUGUGUUUUACAUAAUAGAAUUUUCUGUUUGAAUAGAAACCAUUUACUGACAAACUAUUAUACACUUUAACUAUUUUUCAAGUAGUUCCUGUUCAAAAGUACUUCAUUUUUAUUUCAGAAGGUGGAAUGACUGCUACUUAUUGAACUUCCACUUUAUUUCAAUGCAGUUUGACAGUUCUUCUAAGAUAGUUACUGAAUCACAUAUAUAGCUGUGGUAUGGAUUGCGAUACGGAAGCGAAAGUGUGGAAGAUCAUUUUAGAUUUUAUAUUUGGAACCAUCAUUGUCCAGGUUAUGUAUUUUCCCCUGGUAAACUGGAUUUUAAAUUUUGUCUUGUAAAACAUUUUAUGUACAAUAUUGUUAACGUGGAAUGGUUAAAUGUAUAUUUGUAGAUUAAGAUUGUGGUUAACGUAUAUUGAAAAGCGGUUGUAAUAACUUGUAUAGAUGAGUGAGAACAGUGUUCUUUUGCUUGUUCCAUGAAUAGUUUUUCAAGUAUGGAAGGGACUAGUCAACAGCAAACAUACAGUUCUUUUGUUAUUGAUGUGAAGUGCCUGGGUUACCCUCAUUCCAUCUUUAGUUGAUGUCCACUUAUUUUGUGAAAAGUUUGGGCUGCAGACAAACAAUUAAAAGAUAACACUGGAUCCAGAUAUAAUGUAGAGUGAGGUUCGACAUUCAGGCUGGUGUCUGCUGAGAAUGUGAGAAAUUGUAGAUGCACCACCAGAAUUGGAUGUGGUAAACCUUUUUGAGUUAAUAGUAACUUGGCAGGCACUGAAUGGACUUCAUUGGCAAAAGCAGGUGAGCCGAAUUUCUUUCUUUUGAACAGAAUCUCUUCUUUUGCUCCAUCCCUCCCCACACCAACCUAAUUGCCCUUAAACACACACACUCUUCAAAUCUUGUGGUACACAAUUUAUUCUGUCUGAUUUUUGUUAACACAAAACACUGAACUCAAUGUAUUAUUUGUAUUGUUUAUCUUCUAGGACAUUAAAAUUUUUUAAUGGUUUGCCAUCUGUAUGUUUUGGGAGGAGAGAUUUGAGUUUGCUAUUUUGUAAUCUCCGUAUGAGAAGAUGAAAUUAACAGCAGCAAAGAUCCUGGUGUUUCUGGGGGUGUUUGCAUGUUUAGCUGAACUCGCACAAUCAAAUUCUCAAUGCCUCAAGUAACAUUAGCACUGUUUAUACACCUUUUUUAUUUAAAAUGAGAUCGAAAUGUGGAAGCGAUGGUUCUCUAACUUUGAUUUUUAAAUGUCUACUGUCUGUAGUGCUGACUCUUCACUAAAAUGUGCCUUCAAUCCUGUGUUUAAAGAGCUUGUUGAUUUGAAAUGUAAUGAAUUUUAGAAAUGAAUGCUGUGCAACCAAAAU